AUUGCGCCCAUUCACCUGUACACAACGGUACAGGUCAAUGUCGAAUGGCAACUUGAAUCCGCGAGGAAAAGGGAAAGUUACGCCACCCUUUUUCUUAUUCAGCCCGAUUUAGACUGUGUCACGUCAGUCACUUUUAUUCAACACAAUCCAAUACAUAUUUUCAAUCGGAUUCUAACAUACACGUAAUGAAGAAAGUGAAAGUUAAUCUCAUUGCAGACGACAAGAAAAUUUCCAUCAACUACAAAGAUCCCGUUUGGCGGUCACCGUCUGUUGCGCCCUCCGAUCAGAUUGUUAAGUUUUUCACCAACCCUCGUGAGUCAUACGCCCACGGUCAUCAAAAAGUACUUAAAGAAAAUGAAGAAAUUACAGCACCCACAUGUGCUUUUUAGAUGUAUAGUGGAAUUUCUCAAUUGCUCUCGACAUCAACGAGUGGACGUGCAUGUCCAGGCGUCAGUUGAUUUCCGACCGGGCUCGCCGACGGGUCGGCCAUGCCAAUAGUUGCCAAAAAAUGACGAAACGUAACCACCUUAUUGGAAUUAUCCUAGUGAAUGUGAUGUGCUGUUUUGUGGCAUUUCUUACGGUGGUCGAUUGCCUUCCUCAGCAGCGAAAUUCACAACGCAAGGCAAUCGUCCUUCGCAGUUUACAGCAAGUUUCUUCAUCCGCCAAUAAUUCAAUUUUGAACGGCCACGAUACGGAUGCUAUUCUCCCAGUUGGAGAAGCUUUCAAUCUUUUUCAAAGCUACGGUUUAUUAGCAUUCAAUAUCAAUGUGGCACCGUUGAUCCUCGUAUCAGCUCCAAGCAGCCGGGCAAUCGCCAAUGCAAACGGCACCCCAACGCAGCCUUUUUCGCUCCCGUUGUUCCAGAUGACGACACAUCCGGUUUUGGAUCAAAAGCUCUACACCCCGGAGAACAGCCGUCCUCACAUGAAUAAUGCCAGAGGGCACCAACAGCUGAUGGAGGUGAUGGAUCGCUCCGUUCGACUUCACCUAUGUCGUACUACCGAAGAAUUAAUGAUUCGAUUUCUGUCUGGUUUCACCGUUGACGGAUUGUCAAAACCCUGGUGGGCAUUUGCUGCUGCCUGGAAAAAACACGUCAUUCCUAGAAUUUACGGCGUUCCACCUAUUUAUUUGACUGAUGAUAGUGUCUUCCUCUUGGUCCGAAUUGAGAAGCGUUCUAUUGUAGGAUCAAUUAAUGGUUCCAUGCUACUAGAACCCGAUUUGAUGGCCAAGUUACCCUCUCCUAGUGUACCAGACAUUAGCGGAAAAGUGGACAGUGGAACACACGCUGGUAGCAAACAGUGGCGUUCGGCAGUCGAAUUUUUCCUGCAAUUUGGAACGCACAUUAUUACCGACUACUCGGUUGGAGAUGCUUUGUUCCAGGUGAUUGUCUACAACGCUUCGUCGCUGCCUUUAUUAGCCGGAAAAAUGGCCCAGCUGCGAGCUGGACAAUUCAAUCCGGCGAAUGCAACUAAAUCCGAUUGGGAAAAAUUGCUACUUAGCCAUCCAACGCCAGUCCAUGUAGGAAAAUUACAAUUAAUCAGUGGUAACCGGACGUUAAUCAAUUGGUUGGAACCACGAUUGGCUAUAAGUUCGUUGCCUGAAACAAUUCCUUCGAGCAUUCGCCUUUUGGGAUCACCAGCCUUAUUUAAUCAUUUUUAUCGUCAAAUGCAGCCGCGAGCCGUUUUGAGUAUGAAUAUGGCAACAAUAACAAAAGCAAUACCGGACAUAUCUCUACGCAAAUGGCUCAACGACAUUUUGUUAAAUUUACUCCGAAUGUGGGAGUACAACAUGUGAUAUACUAAACUACAAUUGAUGUCGUCGUGUAAAAGUCCCGUUUUUUUUUAGACGUAGUGAAUGAUGUCGGAAGCGCGCAUCAAUAAACGCAAACAUCUGUCGUGAGUCCAUUA